AUGGAAAUCAAGAUGGCGGUUUGUUGUGAAUAUAAGUGGAUAAACUAGGAUUUCUUGGAUUUUUCUUUAUUUAUAACUCUAAAUAUGCCCUCUGUCAGCAAAGAGAGACGAUUUAAACCCAGAGUAUUGUGUUGGGUUGACCUAACAUUAGAAAAUGUGGAUGAAAUUCUUAAAAGUAAAUCUGCUGAUGAAACUCAAAGCAUCCUUGCAGACAUCUUCAAAAUAAAGGAUCACAAAGAAGAACUCAGAUCUGGGAUAUUAAUAGAUCUUUAUUAUUAUUCCAUUCAAUUUGCGAAAGACAAUAACUUCACGAAGGAACAGAUCUCAGCAUUUUUUUCUAUUAUCAAGUGUAUUCAUGAAAUGGCUAUUGAUACACCAUUUGGCAAUGUCAAGCCUGUCUUUGAAUACACUAAAGAUCUUAUACUCUGUCAUAGCAUUAAGAGGCCACCCUUCAGCAUUGCCUUGUUCUCCACAGAUCAAGUAAAAAACAUCACAACUUACAUUGUCAAUACGUACUUUCGACAUUACAAGCUCUAUAAGUAUGCUUUUACACCUAAGGUUCGGCUUGAUCUUGCAAUAGAUUAUAUUGGACUACCAGCCACUCCACCUCCAUCCGAAGUUGGUGAAGAGGAUGAAAAGAUGACAGAGGAAAAGAAAGAGGAGGAGGGAGAAGAAGCAGAGGUGGCUGCAGAACCAGAAAUUGAAGAAACCCCUGCUGUCAAAGAAUUAAAAACCAUGAUCUCUACAGUUCUUCAGGAACAAGUUGAACAGCUAAAAAAUAGCGUAGACCUCCAAAUCAAAGCAAAAGACGAAGAAAUCAGUAAGAAGACUGGUAUUUCCUUGGCGGAUAGUGGAACAGCACCAAAAAGUCCGAAAGGAAAGGGGAAAAGAGGGAAAUAAAAAAUAAUGUAAAAAUAAUGUAAAAAGAACAUCUUGUUAACCGAUUAUAAAUAGCUUUAGUGUAUGCAAUAAAACGUAGUUUCACA